GCCGCCGACGAGGAGCGGGACGAGCUGCUGCCCCGCAAGAUGGCCGCCCUGCAGCCCAAGACAGAGGGCAGCCUGCGGCGCCGCCUGCUGAGCGCCAAGAUCCACCAGAGACACGACGCCAUGUGGGGCCCGCCGCACGCCGGCCGGCCCCACCUGCCCCAGCGCCUGCCGCCACGCCCACACAUCCACCCCGCCUUCGCCCCGCAGGCUCAUGGGAAACCUUUCCUCAGCCCGGACUCCCACAGGAAGCUCUUUCUCGCCCCGGAGGCUCAUGGGAAGCCGUUUCUCGCCCCGGAGGCUAACAGGAAGCUGCAGCCCCUGGCCACGCCCCUCCAGCCGCAGCGCUCCACCUACGCCGGCCUCACCCAGCUGAGGCGCACCAGCUCCAGCCCGCCCACCCCGGAGCCCCGCCCCUGCUACGCCCCGCUGUGGGAAGCCAAGGGGGCGGAGUCACAGCCGCCGCCCCCACCGCCGCCGCAGCGUCGCCACAGGCCGAAACUCCUGAAGCGAGUCUUUAGCCUCCGACGCCACAGGGGGCUGAGCUCCGGCCACCCAGCCACCCAGACCACGCCCCUCCUGCACAGAGCAGGGGGCGUGGAGGAGGACAGGAAGUGGUCUGUUCACUACACUUCCCAGAAGCCCCUGCAGGGUCUGGUGUUUCGCCCCGCAUCACGAAAUACUGGCAGCGUGGACGACCUGCAAGGUUGCGACAGGCUGACUCAGCAUGGCUACGGCAGCUCUCAGCUCCAUCCGGAAAGCUCCGCCCCCUUCUUCUACCCUGACCAAUCACAAAGCAGCAACACGCACAGAGGGAAGAAAGACAAAGGCAGGAUGACCUCCAGGCUGUGGGAUUUCCUCUCCCAGUCUUGUUUCUCUGUUUGUUUCAGGUUUUCACUUUGGAGGAGAAAGUCUUCUGCCUCCUCAGAUGAGGACGAGAGGUUCGUCUUUGCCUCGCGACCUCUGACCCCGCUGGUCCUCAACCCCAUCGACCUCACUUCCUGCUGCAGCGUGGCCAGCCCCGCCUACGACAACCUGGCAGUCGCCAUGGAAACAGAGGGGGCUCCGCCCACCCGGCUGCCCACACCGGAGGAGAAGAUGAGGAGGCAGGCUGAGGCCAUCGGAGCAGAUAUAGUGGCUAUUAAUAUAACAGGAGAGAGUUUCGAGCGGCAGGCCAGUUUCCGGAGAGCGGUUGCCAGUGGCGACUCGUUGUCGCGGCGAUCACGCAACAUGGGCCGCCGCAAGACGGUUACCGGGAUACCUGAUGACAUCAGCAGGAAGCAAGACUCUCCGUUAGUCUCUCCGGUUCUCCCCGGUCAGUUCUCCACGGUAGGCCGCCCUGCCUCCGCCUGCGCCUCCUCCCGCCAACAACAGCAUAAACUGGAGAAGAAGGACAGGAAGAGGGACAAGGAGGAGGAGGAAGAGGAGAAGAAGACGAGGCAGGAGGAGGAGAUCAGGGGAGUCAGGAAGGAGGUGCAGCUGUCCUCGAGGAGGAUCCGAGCCCAGCGAGGAGAGGGGAUCUGCAGCCUGAUGGCCUCCCUCACCUGCUCCUCCUCCCGCAUGGCCUCCUCCUCCUCCUCAGAGUAUCGGAGCCUCCCCCGGCUCGCCAGAGACUCCUCGCUCAGCUCAGAGUCUGACCACAGCUACAGCAGCGCCCCCUACAGGACGAUCGGCACCUCCUCGUCCUGCUGCCAGCCUCAGGAUGAGCCGGGCUCCCCCACCGACUUCCAGCCCCUGCUGCCCUUUGACCCCACAAACAGAGUCGUCCCCCAAUCCCCGCUCUCCUCCCCCUGCUCCCUUCCAGAAACCCCCGGCCUACAGUCGAACUGGUCCUCCUCCAUCACCGACUCAGAGUCUCAGUCCAGCUGCCAGGCUCUGGACAUUCAGACUCCCACCCGGCAUGAUGUCCAGCGCUCCUGCAGCACCACCCCGAGCCUGACCAUCGAUCCUGGGCACAGCUGGAACUACCACCCCCUCUCGCCCAGCUGCAGCAUACAGAGCAGCCAGACAGGGAGUGACUGGGGCAGCAUCACCCAGGAGAUGAGCUCCGUUUCUGGGGAAGGUUGGAGCUGCGAACCCCUACUUGCCUCCAGCUGUUCCUCCCCCUCUUACACUGACCGCACCUCCUUGUUUUCAGAGGAGACAGCCUCCUCUGCCUCACUUCACAUGGAUGAAAUGUUGAGAUCCUCCUCCUGCGCAUCCUCCUGCACCUCCUCCUCCUCCUGCGUCCAUCUUUGCACCCGCAGUAUCUCCCUCCGCAAGUCAAAGCGCCCACCUCCUCCACCGCUGCGAACUGACUCCCUGAGGCGCCGUCCAAGCCGUGGAAAGCCCCCCCGUCCUUGCUCCAGCCCCCGCCUGGAGCGCAGCAGCCAGCGGAUGCCCACCCCGAUGCCAGAGAACUUCCAGGACCCCUGGGUGCCCCGCAGCCGCCCCAGGAGGCGCCAGAGCGGUGUCAUCUGUGGCACGGUCACAACCUUCGAACCCUUGAGCCCCAUUCACCAAGCGCAUACGGUGCUUCCCCAGCCUCCGCCACCCCCACCUGACCCCACCCCACACCACCCCCGGCUCCUAGCCACUGCUCCUCCCAGCUCUGAGGAGGAGGGGCUCAGCUUGGCUCUCAACCCCCAACCUGCUACUUCGUCCCCAGCCGGGCUGCAGCGCCUAGCCUCCCCUUCCAGCGGUUACUCCAGCCAGUCCAACACUCCCACCCCGGGGACCCCUGUCUCCUCCCCUGCCACGCCCUCCUCCCCUCUGAUGGCGAGUCCUGGAGCCUUCUCGGUCCCCCCAACCUCCCCCUUCUCCUCCUCCUUACCAUCCUCCCUCCCGCUCUCCACCUCCUCCCUGCCCAGGGUGAGGCCAAAGCCCCCAGUGCCCGAGAGGAAGUCAUCGCUCCUCUCCUCCCUCUCCUCCUCCUUCUCCUCCACCUCCUCCCUCUCCUCCUGCACCUCCUCAGAAUCCUCUGCCAAACAUCCUCCUCUUCCUCAUCCUCCUCCCCCUCCUCCUCUACCAGAAUGCACCUCUCCUGUUCCUCCAGUCUUCUCCGUCCCCAAUCCUGACUCGCCGCUCACUUCUCCUGUCCUUCCAUCUUACCUCCCUGCUCCUCCUCCUCCACCUCCUCCUCCCCCACCUCCAUCUCUCCCAUCUUCCUCCUCCCAGCCUCCUCCUCCUCCACCAACAUGUUUGCCUCCUCCUUCUCAUCUGCCUCCCCCCUCCCGGCCUCCACCUCCUCCCUACUCCCAUGCUGUCAUGCAGCCCCCCCAUGAACUUUUGUUGUCCAACAUGAUGUCAUCAACCACAUUCCCUCCACCUCAAUCUCCAUCUCCUCCCCCUCCUCCUCCUCCCCCUCCUCCUCCUUCAGAUCUCCCAGGGUUGUCAAUCAAUGACCUGCCUCCUCCUCCUCCUCCACCACCUCCUCUGCCUUCAUGUCAAACCUCCUCCUUCCCUGCUCCAGGGCUUGUUCAGGCUUCAAAUCCCCUCCUUAAAGAUCAGGCCAUGCCCCCUUGUCCUCUGGUCACUGCCCAUGUUCUGCAGGAUGACAAGCUUUGCUCCAUCAAGGACCAGGAGGACAUGCUCGCUAGCAUCAUGCGAACCAGCACUACAUCUGCUAAUGCUGACCUCCAUAGUCUGGAGAACACUAAUGCUAAGCUACCUGACACAGUGUCAGCUGAUGCUAGCUUUAAUCCAGCAAGCAAUGAAGCUCAUGCCGACAGUGGUACGUUGGCUAACGCUAACCUGUCUAACACUGAGGCUAAGAUAGCUGGAAUCAUGUCAACAAAUGCUAUCUAUGACCGAGGUAGCAAUGAGACUAAGGUAGUGAGGGCUACAUUUGGUGAUAGUAACCUUCAUGGCUUGGGCAACAAUGAUGCAAAGAAGCCUGGGAUCAUGUCAGAAAAUGCAAACUGUACUGCAAACGGUGUCGCAAAGACGCCUGGCAGUAUGUCAACUGAUGCUAAUCCUCAGAGCCUGGGAAGCAUUGUUGCUGACAAAGCUAACAAGGAGUGCUCUGAAACUCAGCUGACUAAUGGUACAACUAUUGAAGAUACACAGAGGAAUGAAAAUGAAAGUGAUGAUUUGGAAAUGUACACUACACUGACAAACAAUCUAUCAUCUCAUCUUGAUAAACAGUUUAUUAAAAUGUCUGCUGGGAUGGAGGUUAACAACAUCAAUGCAAACACCCACCAGACAACGGAUGACCUGUUAGCCAAUACUAAGCUAUCUGAGACUGCAGAGAAACAGGGAAACACUGAGGAUGGUUGGCCAAUAGACUUUUCCUACUUGACCUUAUCAGGUAAAGCAGAGGCUGCUAUAAGUCCUGCCUGUUGUACAAAACCAUCAGAGAGCAAAGACAAAACACAAAUAACUGACAAAAGAAAUGUAAAUGUGCAGAGCUGCAGUGCUUUUGAUAGCACAGACCCUUCCACGCCAUAUAACACCGAUUUAGAUCAGUGUAAUGGUGUGAGCGCCGUUGAGCCGGGCAGCCCAGGUAAGAGACACUCCCUGGAGAGGCCAACCCUUCCGAAGAAGCCUGAUCUUGGGGCUCUGGGUGUGUUGGGGUCCCCUGGGACCAAAUGUGGACCAGGGAGGAAGACCGGUGGACGAAUCACAGAAAGCACAGCAUCAUUUACUGACCUCAAUGACCAAUCAGAUUACUCUGUUGAUCACCUGUCACACACACCUUGUCACACGCCUCUGAUGCAUGACACACCUUUGCUGAGACACACAGCACAUACAACUGCCAACACAACAAACACUCAAGCUGAUGCCAUGACUCAGACGCACCCCCUCGUCAGCACCAUGACACACAAACCUUCGCCAGCAUGCACAACUACACCUGUUGACAUGAAACAAACACCUGCUGGCUCCCCUAAAAGACAGAAACCAACAGUUUUGCCCAAGAAGCCAGAUCUGUCACAGAUCUCAACCAAGCUGACCAAACCAAAUUUGGCCUCCAAACUUCCAAAAGAGGCAAUCUGUGACACUUCAGGGACCUGUAGCACCUCAAGAACAAAAGGAACCUUGGACCCUACAAGCACCUCAGGGACCAUGGGGACCACAAGUACCACGGGGACCAUGGACACCCUGGGGAUCACAGGCACCUCAGGGACCAUGGGGACCUUAGAAACCACAGGUACCUCAGAGACCAUGGGUACCACAGGUACCACAGAGACAAUGGGGAUCACAGGAACCUCAGAGACCAUGGGGACCUUGGGAACCAUGGGCACCUCAGAGACUAUGGGUACCACAGGUACCACAGAGACAAUGGGGAUCACAGGAACCUCAGAGACCAUGGGGACCUUGGGAACCAUGGGCACCUCGGCCACCAUGGGGACCUUGGGAACCAUUGGCACCUCGGCCACCAUGGGGACCUUGGGCACUUCAGGGACCAUUGGCAUCUUGGGGACCACAGGCACCUCUGGGACUAGUGACAUGUUAAGGAUCACUGGCACCUUGGGGACCUGCAGCAUCUCAGGGUCCUGCAGCACUUCAGGCAUCAUGGGUAAUUUGGGUACCUGGGGAACCUUGGGGACCUCAAGGGCUCAUGGAGCCACUUUGAUCCAAACGGGGAUGGCAGAGCCCAGGGGCACUGAGAGGACCGGCAUUCAGAGGGACAAGGAGAAAAUUCACAGGAGGAUGAUGAGGUCAUCGUUGGCUGAAGAUGAGGAAGAGGAGGAGAAGGAGGCAACAGUGGAAGGGAGUGUGAUGAACAUGAUGAUGAUGUCUUUCACCACCAAAAAGAAAGAAAAAGUGAAGAAGAAAAGAAGGAAGACGAGGGGGAGGCAGUUGAUGAUGAUGGCAUCAAUGACGGAACCUUCCUCCUCCUCCUCCUCUUCGUCAUCAUCAUCUUCAUCCUCAUCCUCAUCAGGGGACGAACAAGAUGCCGAGAAGGAGCAGGAGAGGAUGAACGAGAGAUCGAGGAUGACAAGGCUGGCUAACGAAGAGAGCAGCGAGUCUGACAGCUGCUGCGCUCCAAUUGGUCAGAGCAGGCUCUCCCUCAGCAGUGCGCUGUCUGCCGACAGCCUGCAGGGGUCGCUACCUGACCUGCUGAUCCAGGAACCUGAGGAGGAGGAGCAGAGGAGGAGGGAGGAAGGAGAGGAGAGGAGCUCCAAGGAACCACAGGAGGCGGAACGAUCUCUGGACACUGAUGUGUUCGUCACAGUUUCAGCAGAUCAGAUGUUUGUCUCCACUCAACCUAGAACCACUGAGGAUCUGUUCGCUGUCAUCCAUAGUUUCACCUGCCUCUUUGGAGCAGUGCAGUAUGGGAAGGCACUGCAUGAAAGCCCAGGUGGGCGGGGUUUGGCCAGCAGGUCGAAGAGGAAGAUGCUGGGAAGAAAACAUUCAGACGACAACAGACAACAGAACCCUUCCUCCUCUUCUUCUGCCCCGCUGCCUCCCUCUGCCCCCCCGCCUUGCCAGAGGCGACCUCUGGCCCUCAGAGGUCAAAGGUCGGCGAGUAGCGAAAGCUUCAAGGCUCUGCUGCUGAAGAAGGGAAGCCGCUCUGACUCCUCCUCCCGAAUCUCAGCAGUCGAGCGACUCUGUAGCCCUUCCUCCGGCCUGCGGGAGGCGCCGCCGCUGCUCCAAGCUGCCGGGUCAUCGCUAAGUUCAGAUACACAAGACAUCAAUGCCCACGUGACGCUGGAUGCCCCGCCCAUUCCUGUGUCGCCCUGCAGUCAGAGCUUCUCCGUCAUCUUUGGAUGGCAGCAGAGUCCCCUCCUCUUCUCCUCCUCCUCGCCGUUCUUCUUCCUCUCCUCCUCGCUGCGACCUCCUCGCUCGCUCACCCCUCCUUGCUCGGGCAGCCGCCGCUUCGCCGCCCGCUGCCGCCUCCGUGCCGCGCCCAUGACGGCUAUCUUUGAGCGGGAGGAUGAGGAAGACGAGGAAGACGUUUUUGCUGAGCCUCCAGCUGCCAUAGGACUGACGGGAGAAUCGAGUCACAGAUUAGUUAAGAUCUCUUGAUGGACAGGCUGGACCCACCAAUGGCAGCCUUCCCUUCUGAUGCCCCGCCCCUUCAGAGAGACUGCUCUUCCAUUAUAACUGAAAGUGAUGAUGUCUGGAUUUUCUAUGGAUCCUCAUCAGGCCCAAAACUGUUCAGGAACACACUGCCUCAAACUGAACCAAACCAAACUGAACUGAACUGAGAUGAACUGACUGGACCAGACUGGACCGGUCUGGACUGGAUCAGACUAGACUGAACCGAACCAUAUUGAACUGAACUGAGCCAAACCAAACUCAGUGGACUGAAUCGAACCAAACUGGAUCAGAUCAGACUGAACUGAGCUGAACUGAGCUCAGUGGAACUGAAUCGAAUCAAAUUGGGUCAACCCAGAUGGGACUGAAUUGAUCUGAAUGGACCAGACCAAAGUGGAUCAAACCAAACAGAACCAGACUGAACUGAAGAGAAGUGAAUGGACUGGAUUGGACCGCACCACAUGAGACUUGAGAAUUGAAGUGAACUGAAAACGAUCCAGAUCGCACUGGACUGAAGUGAACUGUGACAUCACAGCAGUCUGAGCUAUUGAAAACACUUGUCUGGUGGCUCUGGAGCCCCUUGGACACCAGACACCAGCAGUUACACCGACGUUAGCCAGAGGAGCUGAACACAAACGUCCGCAUCGGUUCUUCUGCACUUUACCUGCCAAGCUCCCUCGUACCAAGAGGGCAAAACAAGCAGCUGAGGCCAGAGUGAAGAGAGCAGCCACCGGUCCCAAGAAUCUACAGCCUCCUGCAGUCUGUGCUGCCACAUUUUGGUCAAUUUGAAAUCAGUAACUCAUUAGGGAAACGUUAUUAAAACGCAAACAACACCUGUUUCCUGCUGUUGGAAGGUGGACAACGAGCGACGACCCAGUUUCCACCAAAAUGAGCCGUCCUUUUCAAGUGCAACACCGAAAACAGAUCCUACAAGCAUUCAGUGACUUCUCUCUUACACAGAGCAGUGCCCCCCACAGAUUAUUUCCUGAAGGCAUGAACGCGUCUGACAAUCUCCUGCUGCGUGCCACAUGUGUUAAAGGGCAAGUCCACCUAAAUUCUGAACAUGAUUCUCUGCACAUCGUACGGAGUUCAUGUAUGGAAACAGUUGUCAACAGUUAGUUGACACGAGGUUGCACUUUGUUUUUGACUCGCAAAUUCCUGUUUAACAGAUUGUUCCAGAAUGUUAACUGAGUGGGCAGAGCUAAAAUACAGGAAGCAGAUGAUGUUGAUGAUGUAGACUUUGCUCAUAGCGGCGCUACUGACCAGAGAACAGAAGAAACAGACUUUGAAGUAUAAACGAAAUGAGGAACUGACCUGGAAAACCCUGCAGUCGCCUCAGAGUCACAACACACUUCCACUGUUUUACCUUUGUUUUUUGUCCUUUGACAAGGUGCACAACAUCAAACGCCUCCUUGAUCCUGAUUGGCUGGACGGAUGGAUGACAAAUCUGCUCGUCCGGAAACAGCUGAGCCAGGCUGGACUUUGUGUCGGUGAAAGCGGGUGGAGAUCCGACAGGUGGAGGCUGAAAACAAACAGUGAACAUGAAGUGAAAUGAAUGUCCAGGAGCGACUGGACAGACAAAUCCACACACACACUGAUAUUAAACUUAGCGUUUAGCUUCUCAUGUAUUUAUAAAGGCACUUUGCUGGACUUUUAGUGGGAAAGUCUUUGACAAACUCCUGCUGAGACUGAAAACCACGUCUAAGAGUUGGGGAUGAGGACCAUGUGGACGAGACGGUCUUGAUGUUACGCCGCUUUCAAGUCUUCCAGAUUGUAAUUACAGCUAAGAAUCUCUAAUUUCUUUGAACACUCCAACAAAUCCAACCAGGAGGUAAACAACGCAGAAGAACCUGGAAAAU